AUGAGCUCGGAGAAGCUGCUUAACGUAAGCGAAGUUACCGGCCGGGCCCGCCGAGACCGACCCGGCGCGGCCCGACCGGUGACGGUGGCCGUGGCGACCGGGGCGGGGGUGCUGGUAGUGGCGGCCCUCGUCUUCCUCGCUCACGAGGUCAAGCAUGUGCGAAAGAACGCAAGUCAACUGCAAGAUCAACUAGCGAAGGCAAAUGACCAGAUCCUGGCGCUGAAGGAUCGUACAUUGGCCAUGGAGAUCAAGCAAAACGUCGCUACUGGAGACAAGGAGGAAGUGACGGCCCUGAAAAUCCAACUGUCGUCUCUGAGGACUCAACUAGACAGCGAACGUGCGGAGAUGUCGUCUCUCAAGGCUGAGUUACAGAAGGAGAAAACUGACGGGGCGUCUUUGAGGGAGAGACUGGCUGUGCUGGAAACCAAGUUCCAACUCGGUGUCGAAAACGAACAAGAACCAACGUACGAAACAUCUCAUGAGGAGACUGACACCGAUGUGAAACCGAGUCAAGUCAGUGAUGAUGUCAAGCAUGCCGGAGAUCACAGCGCCACCAUGCGGCGGUCCAAGAGAGCGGCCAACACCGUCACAACACCCUACGGCUUAGGUCCCUUCCUAGGCCCUGAAGGACCGGCCGGACGAGACGGGCGGGACGGCCGUGAUGGUGCUCCCGGUCCGCCGGGUCCUCCCGGUCCGGCUGGUGGAUGUGGAGGGUGUGGAGGACAAUCCUGUCUGGUGCGUACAGUACUGUAG